UUCAUCAUCUUCAUUAAUUCUCUACUUAGCUUUGAAUUUCUUGAUAUAAUUAUGAGUGCUUCAAAUAGAUCUUUGGCAGCUAUAUUUUCUCUUGUUUUACUUUCAUGCAUGCAAUGCCAUGCACAACUUUCCUCGACGUUCUAUGAUAACACUUGCCCUAAUGCACUCAGCACGAUUCGUACAAGUAUUAGACAAGCAGUUUCACGUGAACGUCGCAUAGCUGCUUCCCUUAUUCGUCUUCAUUUUCAUGAUUGCUUUGUUCAGGGUUGUGAUGCUUCGAUCUUGCUUAAUGAGACCAGUUCAAUCGAAAGUGAGAAGACUGCAUUGCCAAAUCUUGGAUCUGUAAGAGGUUAUGGUGUCAUAGAUGAUGCAAAGGCAGAGGUGGAAAAGAUUUGUCCCGAAGUGGUUUCAUGUGCUGACAUACUUGCUAUUGCAGCUCGAGAUGCAUCGGCUGCUGUGGGAGGCCCGUCAUGGACAGUGAAACUUGGAAGGAGAGAUUCAACCUCAGCCAGUAAGACAGUUGCAGAAACAGAUCUUCCUAAUCCUUUUGACUCUCUUGAUAGACUUAUUUCUGGCUUUGCAAACAAGGGACUUAACACAAGAGACAUGGUCGCCUUGUCAGGUGCUCAUACAAUAGGCCAAGCACAAUGUUUUCUAUUCCGCGAUAGGAUUUAUGGCAAUGGAACGGACAUCGAUGCUGGUUUUGCAAGCACUAGAAGACGUCAGUGUCCUCAAGAAGGAGAGAAUGGAAAUCUUGCACCUCUUGAUUUAGUUACACCAAAUCAAUUCGAUAACAACUAUUUCAAGAACCUCAUCGAUAGGAAAGGUCUUCUUCAAUCAGAUCAAGUUCUUUUCAAUGGAGGAUCAACAGAUAGUAUCGUUUCUGAAUAUAGUAAUAGCCCUCGAGCUUUUUCAUCUGACUUUGCUGCUGCUAUGAUAAAAAUGGGAGAUAUCAGUCCUUUAACUGGUCAAAAUGGAAUCAUAAGAAAAGUUUGUGGAAGUGUGAACUAGUUCUUCCAAUGUGUAUUAAUUAUCUCUCUUAAUUAUUCUAAAAAUAUGUUGGAUUUUGUGUUAGGCUUGUAUUGUUAUACAACAAUAUUUGUGUGUUUGAUUUAUUAAUUGGAGUGUAAUCUCAAUAUUUAUUGUUUAUA